AUGCCUAUGUCCUGGACCCCUGAGGCGAAUGCACACCUCCUCCUCGGCAUCGUCGACGAGCUCAAGGACGCAAACUUCAAGCUGAACUACAGAGCCCUCGCUGCCCACAUGGGCCCUGAAGUCACCGCCUGUGCAGUGGAAAACCAAAUCAGCAAGCUCCGGAAGAAGUUCGACGGGUCGACCAGUGCCUCAGCUACUCCUGCCUCCACUCCCACAAAGCGCAAGAGAACGGUUCAGCCCAAGACUCCCACCAAGAAGGGGGCGAGUAAGGCUAAGGCUGCAGUGGAUGACGGCGACGAGACUGUGAGUGAGGAAGAGACCCCCGCGAAGAAGGUUGUCGUUAAGGAGGAGGGGGCUAAGGUUGUGGGUGUUAAGACGGAGGAGGAUGAGUGA